UAUUGUACCCCUCCUCAUUUUAAUUUCACCUCUCCCAUCAAUCCGCCACGGAACAAACGUCAACACCACAAAGUCUUGAUCCUACACCAAAUCAAAUCCUGAAUUCCGGGGAAAAAUAUCCAAUGCUGCUUUUCACUCCGUCUCUCCUAUCCGGGUGUAUCUCAACGGUUACUCUUUCUCCUCCUGCAAAAACAUUUCCCUCGAAUACUCUUAUUCUGCCCCACCACUGUUUUCGACUCUCUUCUUCGUCUCUCUUCGUGAAACUUCGACCCAGUUUCGCUCUCCGAGAUUCACUCACCACCCAUAAGAAGCACGUUUACCCUGACCCAAGUCCAGAAUUUGCAGAGUCUGAGACCCAGAAGUUCAGAAUUGAGCUAUUCCAGAAGCUUUCGCAAGACGAGGACGAGUUCGGGGAUCACCUUCAUGCGGUUAUAGACGUAUGCGCUCAGAUUUUUAAUGAGUUCUUACAAAAGGAGUAUGGAGGUCCUGGUACAUUGUUGGUGGAGCCAUUCACAGAUAUGUUGGUUGCUCUAAAGAAGAAGAAAUUACCAGGAGCACCACUGGCUGCAAGAGCGUCACUAUUAUGGGCACAAAAUUAUGUUGACCAUGAUUGGGAAGUAAGGAACUCAAAACCAGAAUAACUUGCUCUUAGAGUGUAAAGAUUUCGCAUUUGUAGUUACAUGUGGAUGCUUCAACCAUAACGAUAAAAAAGAACUGUGUUGUAGUAUAUUUUGAUGCUAUACAACGAACAUGUCUGCACUGAACAACAAACAUGGUUAUUUAGUGUAUGGUGUAGUUCAAGAUUCUAUUGAAAUUCCUUGCACAUGUAUCGGAGAAUCAACCAGGAAGAGCUGCUAAGAUGAAAGAGGCAAUCAUUAAUGUUGAUUAGUCACAAGCUAGCACCACUGAACUCCCAGACUCGGAAAUGCUCUGCAAAGAGGGACGCCACGAUUUUGGCCUCAGUGCAGCAGAAUUUACUGGUAGUUUUUGUCUGUCACCUCUCAUUCCCUGGAAUCAUGAUUCAGUUACUCAUUGGACAUAGUGACACAAACACAGCAAAGACAAAAUUUGUAUCUAAGUAAUUAUGACAUCCUUCCAAUAGUUUUUAUUAGUAUUUGAAUAUAGUUAAUAGGAUGGUUUUGGAAAAAGGUUGUUAUAUUAGAGCAAAAGUUGAAAUAGGAAGGAGCCGUGUAGCUUGGGAGUGAAAGGGAAAAACAGAGUAAGCACUUAAUGAUCUUGAAGCUUUCUGGCUUAAUUCUCAAUUGACAUACUACAUGCCUAUUUAUAGGCGUAUGUCACCGUCCUUACAAUGGCGGUGAAUAAUAAUUAAUUACUUUAGUUCAUUCUAGAUUGCUCAUGAAGGAUAAUAUUACAAUGCUCUAGAGUUUUCUUGUAUACAUUGCAAAGAGAAUUCUAGAAAUUUGUAGCAACUUCAACACUCCUCCUUGAUGCAAAUUUCUCCAACUCCAAGCAUAGCUCGUAGCUCUUCAAAUAUAUCUGCAAUUUGAUCUUCAGUCCUGCAGUACUUGAGUUGAAUCUCUUUUGUUGUCUCAGCUUCUCUGAUGAAGUGGUAUUUGAUUGCUAUGUGCUUUGUUCUGCUGUGAUGCACCG